AUGAAGAGUUCUGGAGGACUUACUUCUGGCCGAGGAAUUACGGAUAGUGUAUUAACCAGAUGGACAUUGGGUAUGAUUCACAUGCAGAACAUUUGUGAAGAAAUUGAGUCGUAUUGCGAAGUGAGCGCAGUAACACCAGAACAGCAUGUAGAUGCAAGAAGUUGUCGCAUCGAACGAGAUGGCAUAGACUUGCGUAAGCUGCGUGACGGGUUUUCAGUGCACCCUCCCUUCCCUGAAAGUGAUUUUAUAAUGUCUAUCAGUAGUGGUGUUGUCGGAACGGAGGAUGUUAAUUGUCAUAUGUGUCACGAAGAGGAGGAAAAAGGCAUGAAAAGAAUAGUUGGUGACAAUUUCCACGAUGUAAAGUUCUGUAGAAAAGAUAAAGUUGUGACUCUCCUUUCUGUGUUCAAUUCUGUAAAAGCUGGGAGCACUAAAAUUACUCCUGUUGAUCCUCUAACUCUUUUCCAAAGGAUUUUUUUAAUGAAACAAAGUGAAAAAGAGUUAAAAGCCUUUCUGAAAUAUGAACUUGCUCCUUAUCCAAUGUCUCUAUUCUCAGAAAAAGGAACAAAAUCUUCAUUCUACAAUGCCUUCGUUCCAGUGGCAGAUGUGGUCAGGUGGACCGAGUAA